AUGGCCUGGGCCCCUCUCCUCCUCAGCCUCCUGGCUCACUGCACAGCAGCACACAUGUGCGUGUCUCAGCCUGAGCAGACCGUCCUGGGCCUCAGGGGGCGGUUGCCUGGGCGGCCAGGACGGGGAGGGCACAGCUACUACAUAUCCUGGUACCAGCAGAAGCCAGGGAGCCGUCCCCGGUAUCUCCUGCAAUAUAAAUCAGACUCAGAGAAACACCAGGGCUCCGGAGUCCCCAGCCGCUUCUCUGGAUCCAAAGACGCCUCGGCCAAUGCGGGGCUCCUGACCAUCUCGGGGCUGCAGCCUGAGGACGAGGCUCACUAUUACUGUCUGACCUAUCAUAGUGGCUAUAACCACAGUGAUUCAGACCCACGGGGAAGUGAGACAAAAACCUCCAGAGCCUCCACCCUGGGGCUGCCUUCACCUGCCCCACCAGGGGGCGCUCUCUGCUGCCUCCUGCUGAAAGGCCUGUGCUGA